AUGACUGAACGCCCGUCGGGACUUGGCAGGACGCCAACUGCACCCCCUGUCAUGGCAAACGGCCACUUUGCAACUGUUGCCGACCAAGGCGAUGCCGCCUCCUACGAGCAUGGCGUGCAAGCGAUUGAUGGGGAUAAGGAGUUCAAUCCCAACUUAUCCAAGUACCUCACUCUCGAAGAUGUCACCCCCGCCGGCUUCAACUACCACCUCAUCUCCGUGUUUGGAUCGCAGUCCACCGGAAAGUCCACUCUGCUCAACCAGCUCUUCGGCACGCAAUUCUCCGUCAUGUCCGAGAUGGAGCGCAGGCAAACAACCAAGGGUAUCUGGCUGUCAAAGAACAAGAAGCAGGCCGAUUCCGCGACAGCCGAUGGCUCGCGGAUGGCGGACAACAUCCUCGUGAUGGAUGUGGAAGGUACCGAUGGUCGUGAGAGAGGUGAGGACCAAGAUUUCGAGCGCAAGAGUGCUCUUUUCGCACUUGCGACGAGUGAGGUCCUCAUUGUGAAUAUUUGGGAGCACCAAGUGGGGUUGUACCAGGGUGCCAACAUGGGCCUGCUUAAGACCGUCUUUGAGGUGAACCUGCAAUUGUUCCUAAAGGAUAAACACACCACCCACCGAUCCCUACUCUUCUUCGUUAUUCGUGAUUUCAUCGGCACCACCCCGCUCAAGAACCUUCAAAAGACAUUGCUGGAGGAUCUCUCAAGACUCUGGGAUACCAUCUCCAAACCUGCUGGACUGGAAAAAUCCACAAUCCACGAUUACUUUGAUUUCCAAUUCUACGGACUCCCGCACAAAGGCUACCAACCGGACCAGUUUGUAUCAGAGACCAAGAAGCUAGGUCUGCGUUUCCGUGAAGGACACCGUGAUCCCAAGCGGGAUGCUCUCAAAGGUGAAUUCUCGGAAGGAGGUGUCUUCUUGCCUGAAUAUCAUCGACGUAUUCCGGCGGACGGUUUCGCGCACUACGCGGAGGGCAUUUGGGACCAAAUUGUCAAUAACAAGGAUCUUGAUCUGCCCACUCAGCAGGAACUGCUUGCUCAAUUUCGCUGCGACGAGAUAUUGCGCGAGGUUAUGAUUGGGUUUGACGAGGCUAUCAUCGCUUUUGAGGACAAGCAAAAUGAGGCAGUGCGUCUGGGAGCUCCGGAAGUGCUUGGUGGUCUGGGUGUGGCGAUGCGGACAGCACGAUCCAAGACAGUCAAUGGCUUUGAGACUGAAGCUAGCCGGUAUCACAAGGGUGUUUACCAGCGCAAGAAGGCUGAACUGGAGGGCAAGGUUGACACCCGACUCAAGGCUCUUUUCCACGGCCAGGUCUCCGCUGCGCACAAGUCUGGUAUUCGUGAUUUCAGUGAUGCCGUGACGAACGCUGUCAAGUCCGGUCAGAAGAAGGGCGGCAACUACGACUUUGCGGAGAUUGUCAACGAGGAGAGCAAGGUUUCGCUAGAGAAGUUUGAGGCAGUUGCCCGUUCAACUGUGGUGGAGAAUACCUCCUGGAGCAACUAUAAGCAGGAGCUGAAACUCUAUGAGAAGGAAUUGUCUGAAGUUAGCGCUCGUCUUCGACGCGAUGAGAUGCGACGCUUGGCUAGCCGUGUCGAACGCUGGGUGCAGUCUCGUCUGGGUGAAUCCGUGGGAGUUGAAUUUAAUGGACUUGGCUCUGGACGUGCCGGCGGUGGCGCUCCCGAAGAUGGCGAUAAGCCCACCGAGAAGGCAUUCUGGGAUCGUGUCUGGAAUGUGUUCGUGGAGACUGUCCUGGAUGCCGAGCGAAGAUUCACGGACCGCGCCAGCAGCUUCGACGCCAGUCUGGAAGAGGUCGACGUGGGACUGUGGCGUCUGCGCCGUAAGUCCUGGGGCGUACUGCGUGCGAAGAUUGACGAGGAGAUGAUCGAGGGUAACUUGCUUCUCAAGCUGCGAGAGAACUUUGAGGACAAGUUCCGAUAUGACGAUGAUGGCGUGCCACGCAUUUGGCGUCCGACGGACGACAUUGAGGGUAUCUAUACUCGUGCUCGCGAGUCCACUCUUACCUUGAUUCCUCUUCUCUCGCGUUUCCGCCUUGCCGAGACCUCUGCUGCCCCGCCACUCGAUCGAUGGAUUGGUCACACCCCAAGCACAGCAUCUCCUGCCGAUGAAGAGGAUCUGGCUCCUAUCGGCGGUGUCGAUGAGGACGAAGGCAAGAGUCUGGAGGAAGAGAUGACGAUUGUGGGUGAUUCCAAGCGUCAGGAACUCACUGUUCGCUUCAAGAAGGCUGCCGAUGGAGUAUAUGUCGAAGCCAAGCGGAGUGCCAUUGGUGGCAUGACUCAAGUGCCGUUGUACUUCUAUGGUAUUCUGCUGGCAUUAGGAUGGAACGAGAUUAUUGCUGUUCUCCGCAACCCCGCCUAUUUCUUCUUGCUGUUUGUGUGCGCCGUUGGUGCCUAUAUCACCUAUCAACUCAACCUGUGGGGUCCUAUCUUAAAGAUGACCGAGGCAGCAUCGCAGCAAGCUCUCGAGGAAGGCAAACGUCGCCUGCGCGAAUUUCUCGAGUCUUCCGACACAGGUCGGCAGGCGAUGGCCAUGUCAGCCUCGGACAGGAAUGGUUCUUCGGGCCGUAAGGAAGAGUAUGAGAUGUCUGACCUGCCCAGCCGUGGCUCGAAGACUAACGACGACGACCUGGAUGACUUGUAA